ACCUGGUGCUUUGCCAUCAGCCCAGAUCAAACAGCUUUGGGAGGCUGAAAGGUGGCAUUUCAUCUUAAGGCCCGUUUCCCAGCUGAGCUGUGCCAGAAGGGCAGGGACAGGACUCCAGCUUUUUCAGCACCUUCAAGAGGAAGGCUUACUCACUCAAGUAAUUCAGGAAGAGAAUUUAAUCCUUUGCACUUUUCCAUUUUGUUGCUGGAAUUGUUCUUACGUGCCUGUGAUGAUUCUGGUUUUUUUCUGCUCUCUCUUCCUGGCACCUUGUAUUUUAUGUUUGUGAUUUCUGUGCGUCAUAGAGAGAACUUUGGAUCCGGGUCAAUUUAAAAUGGGAGAAAGCAAAUAAAUUCUAAAACUAGAUGGCUGUGCUGUAUUCUCUUGGCCACAAGGGGGAGCGCCUCUGGCUGUGGUGCAGCCCUGCUGACUUCUGGCCCGUCUAAAUGAUAGACCCAGCUCUGGGGCACUUGGUUCUAUACUGCUGGCUACCCCAGCCAGUCCCUGGCCGUGGUGCCCUUAGCUGUGGGCUCGCCUGACCCCCGUUGUUGCAUUCGGAGCGUCUUUGGCCUGUUCUUUCACUCCGGUUUGGAAAGGAAGCGAAGCAAAGAGACCGAGACCUGCUUUCAAAGGAGAGAGCAGCGGCUAGGAGAAAAACUCAGGCGCUCAGGCUGUCGACUGGAGAAGGUUGUCAGGUGAAGAGCCCAGGAGCUGCAUCGUGUGUGGAUGAUUGCCAGGCCAGGGGUGUGCUCAGCUCAGCUACCAGCAAGCCCCCCGGGCAGCUCUGGGGCACUGCUUGUCCUGUUCUGGCAUCCCUUCCCGAGGUGGGUUGCUCCCAGUUCGGCCUGGAUCGGGUAAACCAGGAGUAGCGUGGGCGGGAGGCUCUGCCCACCCACCCAAAUGCUUCUGCACCUGCCUGAACUGGUGGUGAAAAAAUGGGCAGCCCACCACUGAUCCCUUUCCAUCAGGCCAAGAAUGUGGAAAGGAAGACCAAGCGCCUCGUCCUUCGCUCUUGGGGAGGGUAAACGUGCAAAUGUGGAAUUGCAGCCAAAGGCGAGGAAGGGGCUGCCCUUUGACUUCCCGAGACCCUCCAACCCCUCUUGCAGGCCAGGGCCGAUCCUAAGCAUGCUAUCCAUCUGUUCUUCGGUCUUGGCUAGCAGAGUGUGACCCCCACUGCAGCAACUGUCCUAAGGCUAAGGGUUCAGACUCUGCCCGCCGGGACUACCCUGGUCACUUGAGCAUGUGUUGCCCUGGCUGGAUCCAAGGCUGUUGCUGUUGCCCAGGGGCUCAGAUUGAAGCCAAGCAUACUCCAGAUGCCCCUAAGCCGGCCUUCCCUUCCCUGCCGUAUCUUCCCUGGACGAGCACUUCAGAAAGGAAGAGGCACCAGUGCUGGCCAGAGCCACUCCCCCCCCCCAUCGGCUUUUCCAGUGACCAAGACCAGGCUCUUCUGCUGGCUGAAAGGUGCCAGGUGUCCUCCCCAGGCCGGCAUGAAGACUAAAACUGCAGCUGGCCAUAAUGGUGACAUUUGGGCUUUGCAUUCACCAAUUGGACGAAGCAUAUGGCAUGAAACCAGUCAGAAUGGUGGGGGUUGGUGGGCUUCUCACAGCACUGGCAUAGUUCGCCUUGCUUAGCUGGCCGUGUAAAUGUUCAUGGAGGUGCUGGGUCAUUCCAGCUGGAAGGAAGCUUAAUUGGCUGAGCGCUUUGUGGGAGCCUGGCCAGAAGGGGCCUUUGGUCACUUCUUCAUGGGGGGAUGUGUGUGCCAGUGAAAGGCUGAGCAGAAGACCGCCAGGCUGAAGAGGCCCAGGUAAUUCCUCAGUAAGAAGGGUGGCCCAGGGCAGGCAUUGCCCGGUACAUCAAGGGCCACCCCACUCCCAAGCAGGUAGGGAGUAGCCAGGCUUCUCCUGCCCUUGCCUUGAGUGGCUGGCCCUGGGCAGUGCUUGGCUUGGCCCACCCCUUAAACUGCUUGCUUGAAUAAAUUGGCCCGUUGCAAGUUCCAGUCAAGGCAGACCUCUGGCCCACGUCCAGUCAGCUGUGUGGGACUACAAAUCCCACCAUCCCUCCUGAGCCCCCCAAAGACUUCCACGAGUGGGGCAGCUGGGCUGGCUCUGCAGGCCCCGGCCUCCCUCCCUCGCCUUAGCUGCUGAACCAGGCAGGCUUCCAAGUCAGUCGGGAAGCUUCCCCGCGUUUCUCGCCGGUGCCCGCUCGGGCAGCUGCUCUGGGCGGCGAGUCCCUCCUGGCGGGAACAGGCCGGGCUCUUCCUCCUGCCGUCCGCGGCCCUUGGAAAGGCAGGAGGGGGGGGGGCAGGCACAACGCGCCCCUCGCAGGCUCCCAUCUGGGGCCGUUCCUCGCCCCUCCCAGGCCGCCAGGAGCCCCGGACCGCCCGCUGCGAGUUCCGAGCGUCCGGUUAGCGCAUUGCUCGGGCCGGGCCUUCCCUCCGCGGGUCCGCCGGCCGGCACUGCUGCUCAGGGCGGCGGGCGGGAGGGCGGCGCGGCAGCCGCGGCGAAUCGCCCUUUGUUUACAUGGGCCGGUGGCUGGCGGAGGCGGCGCCGGCGGAGGGAGGGAGGGAGGCGGGCGAGCGGGCGGGAGGGAGGCAGAGCUGCGCUGCGCUCGCCCAGCUGUUUCCCGCCUUGAGCAGACACGCGCAGGGCCAGAGCCGGAGACGCACCGCGGGACCGGCGGACGCGUGCUCGCCCGCCCCCCGCGCCCGUCACCCCCGAUCCCGGCCGGGCAUGGAGUACUUCGUGGUGCCCGCGCAGAAGGUGCCGCCGCUGCAGCACUUCAGGAAGACCGAGAAGGAGGUCAUCGGCGGGCUCUGCAGCCUGGCCAACAUCCCCCUGACCCCGGAGACGCAGAGGGACCAGGAGCGACGGAUACGCAGGGAGAUCGCCAACAGCAACGAGCGCAGGCGCAUGCAGAGCAUCAAUGCAGGGUUCCAGUCCCUGAAAACGCUCAUCCCGCACACGGACGGCGAGAAGCUCAGCAAGGCAGCGAUCCUCCAGCAGACGGCGGAGUACAUCUUUUCUCUGGAGCAGGAGAAGACGCGGCUGCUGCAGCAGAACGCGCAGCUCAAGCGCUUCAUCCAGGAGUUCAGCGGAUCCUCCCCGAAGCGGCGGCGGGCAGAGGACAAGGACGAAGGCAUUGGGUCACCAGACAUCUGGGAGGACGAGAAGGCCGACGACCUGCGCCGGGAAAUGAUUGAACUCCGGCAGCAACUGGACAAGGAACGCUCGGUCCGGAUGAUGCUGGAGGAGCAGGUACGCUCUUUGGAGGCCCACUUGUACCCGGAGAAGCUGAAGGUGAUUGCCCAACAAGUGCAGCUCCAGCAGCAGGAACAGCUCCUGCCUGCUCAUGGCCCCCCAGCACCCACCCAGCACCCAACGGUGAUUGUGCCUGCACCGCCUCCGCCUUCGCACCAUGUCACCGUGGUAACCAUGGGGCCCUCCUCAGUGAUCAACACUAUUUCAACAUCCAGGCAGAACCUGGACACAAUCGUUCAGGCAAUCCAGCACAUCGAGGGGACUCAGGAAAAACAGCUGCUGGAGGAGGAAGAGCAGCGCCGGGGCGCAGUCAUUGUGACCCCUGCCCGGGCCAGCCUGGACCCCGCGAACUUGGACACGGCCUCUGACCUGGAGGCAGAGGACGACGAUUCCAUGGAACACAGCAAGGCUGGGGUGCCCUGACCUCUGCCUGGCAGCGGGAGGGCGAGCAGGGUGGGGGCCAGGGGACUUCAGGAAAUGUGCUGAAAUUUUUACAAAAUACCGCAACUUUGGGUCUAUUUUGUGACCUUCCAAUACUGUAAGUGAGAGCAUUAGGACGGGGAUGAGCUGGACAUCGGGCUCUCCAGUUUGAAGCAGCUGGGGGAGUCAGCAAGCUGCGAGCGGCCAGGCUCUUCCAGGACGCGGCUGGGCAGUCGGCGCCUCCCGGCUCAAAGGAUGGAUUUUCUCUGGCGCCUCCGGCCGUGUGAGGGGUCCCUGGGGGCCUUGCUCCUCUUCGGCCUUGCUCCUGGCCCUAGGAGGGACGAAGGGACCCCCGAGGCCUUCUCAAAGCUCCAGGGAGAAGGCUGGUGGAGGUAGGCCUCGGGGUUGCCUCUGCCUCCCUGGUCCUCCUGGCACACCUCUUGGUGCGGGGAGAGCCCUGAGGCCCCUCCGUUCUCGGGGGCUGGUUCAGAGCCUGGGAAGAGAGCACAGGACCCCCCCCCCCUUCCUCUGGGUGGUUUUGUUCUUGGAAGCACUUAAAAUCCGUUGUUCCGUGGGCUGACUGGGUCCACGCAGGAGGAGGGUCCUGCCCCGUGGCAGUUGCUGUCGUUGCAUUCUGUGCCUCCCCGUCUCCCCCCCCCCCCACCCCAUUUGGGGAGAGGUCUUGGCCAGGCCUUUUUCGUACUGGUUGCUUUUGGUAGGUUCCCCCCCCCCCCCACCCACAACUGUUCCUUUGUUCUUUCAUAUUUUUAUAUGGGGGUUUUUUUUUUGUUCUUUUUUUUUACAAGUUUUGGGUCUUUGUGUUCAUUGAGAUGCUAUUAUAUUUUGUUAAGAAAGUGGAAAAAUGAGGCUUGUGCCUUUGUAAAGAAACAAAAUAAAGUUUGUACUUUGUUUUUUAUA